UUAAAGCACUUCUUGCGUUCAUUAUCGCGUUUAUCAAAUAAUUCUACCGUCGUACAAAUAUAAAGAGAGCCUUGGAAAGAUUAACGUUAUGACAACGAUUGCUCUUAUCAAAGCCAGCUCUUUGCCUUUUUCUCGCCGUUGAGCAAUUUUGAUGCGGUCGUUCUUUCAUUUAAGAUGUAAUAGUCAUUGUACAUCGUUGCGUGUCACGCAUGUUCAAUUCAAAUCCAGCUUUUCGAUCGGUAUAUAUGUGUACAUACGUGUGUGAAUGCAAAGGUGAUCAGGUACCGGCCGACUGAUAAGAGCUUCUUGCCUCAGUGAUGAACGCGUCGUUGUAACGUUCGGUACAUAAAGUUCGUCCGUCCACUUAGUUUCUUAAAAUCUUCUAAUUUCCAUGACGCAAUCACGUGUAGGAUUUUUUUCUCUGCUUAUAAAAUUCAUCUCUCGUCGAGAUUAUAUAUUCACUUCCUAUAUUUCAGUUCCUCUCCUGUGUUUAUGAAAUUGUGAUAGCGUGAAAUUGUAAAGAGCGUGUUUGGAUGUACAGUUGAUUUGUUGCACUGUUUGUAAGAAGCAGUGAUCAAUUAACGAAUAUGCAUAGAUAUAUGAGAUACAAUUAAUAUUUGAAUGAGAAUUGCGAAUUAAUUAGUUUAUCAGCUCUCUGGACGAUUGCGAGCCCCGAAAGCAUAGCGAGAAAGCUAUUAAAUUAAAUAUUUUUCGAUAUUUUCGCAGACGAAGAUGUAGACUGAAGUGAAGGUUUUUGUGCCGAUUAAUUCGCACUGUUUGAGCUCAUGUAGGUAUCGAGAAGUUGCGCAAAUUUUGUGUCGGCGGUCAAGCAUUAUUGUUAGCUAAUAAUUAAGAAAUGAUAACGAAACGAUUCUCCAAACCCACGGCGAUCGUGCAGUGUCUGUCGAAAAACAUUGAAAGUGAAGUGUAUUAAUUGGGAAUUCGUCAAGGAUAUCCUAAAAAAUAGGUGGCGCGGUUUUGCUUGAGAUGGACUCGGUGGCAGUGACGGUGCCGCUUCGUCAGCCGACGAAGAAGAUGAAGAAGAGAAAGGAACUUGACGCUCUGGCACCGGCGCACGCUAUCUCCCGUCGGAAUUCCGGGAAACGCAGCUCGCAGGAAUUGUUGACUGACAGUAGCGACGAUCGUUCGGAAUAUUGGAAUGUCUCUACUAGAAACGGACGCAAAUGCAGAGGCAGAAGGGGACAUGUUUGUCCCGGAUUCCUUAAAGCUUGUAACGCUUUUUUGGCAUGUGCCUCAGUAUUAGCGACCGCCAGUCUGAUAUGGUUAUUCAUCGACGUUCGUCAACAGCUUACCGCUCUGCGAACCGAAUUAGACCAAGUGAUAGCGGGCAGCGAGGGUGUCCCGGACGCUUUACAGAAAUGCCAUUCGUUGUCGAGAGAUCUCCAGAACAACCAAACAAUAAUUUUCUCCAGACUGUCCGAUCUUAAACAGCAGAUAAAUAAUUUUACGGUACAGUUGGCGCAUAUUCAGCAGGACUUGCAUAAAGUACAGGAGUACUUUCAAGCCGCGCCCGAGAUGGCCAAUUUGCCGAAACGCUUGGAUGAGUUAUCAACUAGCGUUGCAACAUUUGGUAGUCAAAUAAGGGAUCUCGGAGCCACAGUGAAUACCCUAAAAGAGACGAAUAUGAGGGUACAGGAUGCACAGACUACUAUGCAACAAAACAUUAGCAGUAUUAAGCACACUAUAUUAGAAUUGUCGAACAUUACUCAAAAGCCUCAAAUAUUGAGCAUUGAUGAAACGCAAAUUAAGACUGACAAACUAAACCUCACGAUAUCUCAUUUAAUGAAUAAUUUAACGCAUGUUAAUGAAACCUUGUCGAGCAAAUUGCAAUGGGUCGCCGAUGAUCAAGGCAAAGAUCGCAAAAAAUUAGUUUCACUUCAAGAAGCAACAGCAGCCAUUAAUACAACAAUGAUAUCUUUGCAAGGGGAGUGCGUUAAAAUGUCUGAGCAGGCUUCCGUUCUAGCAUCGAUUCAACAAUUAACAAAAAAGAUGAACGAGGUACGCACAACCGACAUAGAAUUAAUUGGCAAGUUAAAGCAGUUGGAACAAUCGUAUAACGGACUGAAGAACUUUACUAACAUAAUAUUCACGACUGUGUCUGAGAUGCAGAAUCAGCAACAGAUCAAUAAGAUCAAGUUACCAAAAUCGUUAAGUGGUGAUGUGACAACGGAAAUGAAUCGCGAUGCGAUAGAUGUAAAUAAUAUUGCUCAGAAAAAGAAUGACAAAUCUCAAAUGUGGCAGAAGCGCAGUUUCAGCGAGCAGUAAACGAACCUAGAAGAAACUCGUUUAAAAAGAGACUUUCACAUGGUGAAAAUCACAAUUUAAGAAGCUGUGUAUUUGUAAAUAUUAAUAAAUUAAGUACAUGUUAUGCAUGUACAUAGAAAGAUAUUUAUGAUACCGCACGGGUAUCCAGUGGAACAAUAAUCCAUCGUGAUCCUCGAUUGAUCUGCAAUUGCAUUGAGAAGAGACUAUCGUGAGCGUGCCGUGGCCUGAAUGAAGCUACUUACGUCGAGCAAUAACUCAAAGCGUAUUAACAUUAUUGUUAGCGAGGCGAACGUUCUGUAUUCGACCUAGAUUAGAUAUGUCAAUUCCUAAUAACAUUAAAUUAAUAAUAACAUAAAAACACACAAUGUAGCAAGAAAGAUAGUUCAGAAAUACUAUGGAAAGUACAAAGUCGACAGCCGCCUGGAAAACGAAUUCUCGGUAAUGUCUAGGAAAAUGUUUAUAUUUAAGUAACGGCAGCGUAUACCGAAAGUUUUCUACUCUUCUACAUUUUGUAGCGUGAUACAUACGCUAUUGUAUAUUUCUCCAAGUUUUUCAGCGUGAAAUAAUAGUGUUCUUUAGAUCGUAGAAAAAACUAUAUAUAAAUACCAUGAUUCAGGAUAUCUAUGUAAAUACAAUACAAUAUUAUUUA